AUGAGGAAAGCGGAGGAAUCAGGAGCGACGGCGUGUCAGAUCAACUCAGACGGCACAUUGCCCGGAUCUCGCAGCGACAAGGUCCAGCUGCGAGGCAACGAGAGCAUAGAUGAUCCCAAGGAGGCCGGCCAGGAAUCCGUGGUCGUAGAGCGGAAAGGCGACCACGCGGCCAUCUGCAAAUGGACCAUCGCACAGUUCGGCAAGGUCAAGGCGCGCGCGCUUUGGAGCAAGUAUUUCGAAGUAGGCGGGUUCGACUGCCGGCUGCUGGUAUACCCGAAAGGCGAUUCGCAGGCUCUGCCGGGGUAUAUAUCGAUUUAUCUGCAGCUCACGGACCCUCGCGGGACGGCUAGUAGCAAGUGGGAUUGCUUCGCGAGCUACCGGCUUUGCGUGGUGAACGUGAAGGACGACAGCAAGACGGUGCAGCGGGAUUCAUGGCACCGGUUCUCGGGGAAGAAGAAGUCGCACGGGUGGUGCGACUUCACGCCGUCGUCGGUCGUGCUGGAUUCCCGCGCGGGGUUUCUGAUGACCGACGCGGUGCUUAUAACGGCGGAGAUUCUCAUUCUUAACGAGUCCGUGUCGUUUUCGCGCGACAACGAGGUGCUUGCGUCGUCGAUUACUCCCGCUACCGGGGAGGUUGUUAGCGGGAAAUUCUCGUGGAAAGUUCACAACUUCUCGCUGUUUAAGGAGAUGAUUAAGACGCAGAAGAUCAUGAGUCCCGUGUUUCCCGCCGGGGAUUGCAACCUCCGGCUGAGCGUCUACCAGUCGUCCGUCAACAACGUCGAUUACCUCUCCAUGUGCCUCGAGAGUAAAGACGUCGAUAAGUCAUCCGGCCCGGAGCGCAGCUGCUGGUGCCUGUUCCGCAUGUCGGUGCUGAACCAACGGCCAGGAUCGAACCACGUGCACAGGGACUCGUACGGCCGAUUCGCAGCGGACAACAAGAGCGGGGAUAACACGAGUCUGGGGUGGAACGACUACAUGCGCAUGGCGGAUUUCGUAUCCGCGACGGCCGGGUAUCUCGUGGACGACACGGCGGUGUUCAGCGCGUCGUUCCACGUCAUCAAGGAGUCGAGCACGUUUUCCAAGAACCCGUCGCUGCCGGGCGGGCGCGGCAGCAACGUGAAGAAGGGCGACGGGUAUUUCGGGAAGUUCGUGUGGCGGAUCGAUAACUUCACGCGGCUCAAGGACCUGCUGAAGAAGCGCAAGAUCACGGGGCUGUGCAUCAAGAGCAAGCGCUUCCAGGUCGGCGGCCGCGACUGCCGCCUCAUCGUUUACCCGCGAGGUCAAUCCCAGCCGCCGUGCCACCUGUCCAUGUUCCUGGAGGUCACGGACUCGCGCGUGCCAGCAGCCGACUGGAGCUGCUUCGUGAGCCAUCGCCUGUCGGUCGUCAACCAGCGACAGGAGGAUCGCUGCGUCGCCAAGGAGUCGCAGAACCGCUACAGCAAGGCCGCCAAAGACUGGGGCUGGCGCGAGUUCGUCACUCUCACGUCCCUCUUUGAUCUAGACUCGGGGUUCCUUGUAUCGGAUACUGUGGUGUUCUCCGCGGAGGUGCUUAUACUGAAGGAGUCGUCGUUUCUGUUCGAGUAUACGGACGAGGGGGCAGCGUCCCCCGCGGGGCUGGUGGGGAUAGGGGGCGCGGGGACGGCGCAGCUGAUCGCGGGGGGCGCGAUGGACGUGACGAGCGCGAAUAAGAUUGCAAAGCGCGGCGUGUUCACGUGGAAGGUGGAGAAUUUCCUGGCGUUUAAGGAGAUCAUGGAGACGCGCAAGAUCUUCAGCAAGUUCUUCUCCGCGGGCGGCUGCGACCUCCGCAUUGGCGUGUACGAGUCGUUUGACACGCUGUGCAUCUACCUGGAGAGCGAUCAGGCGAUGGCGGGCGCGGGCCCGUCCACAGCAACCACAAUGGCGGCGACGGACAUGGACAAGAACUUCUGGGUGCGGUACAAGAUCGGCAUCGUCAACCAGAAGGCCGCCGAGGCGAGCGUAUGGAAGGAGGCGAGCGUGUGCACGCGCACGUGGAACAACAGCGUGCUGCAGCUCAUGAAGGUCGCGGAGCUGCUGGAUCCGGAGGGGGGGUUUCUAGUGCGGGAUACGGUCGUGUUUGUGUGCGACAUCCUCGACUGCUGCCCCUGGUUCGAGUUCUCGGAUCUCGAGGGCGUGCCUGGGCAGGUGAUGAUGUCAGACGAGGAGGAGGAGGAGGAGGAGGAGGAGGACGAGGAGGAGGACGAGGAUGGGGACGGGCUAAGCACAGACGGGGAAGAGCUGCUAGACAGUGACGACGGGGAGGUUGGGUUGGGAGGACCAGGAGGCCCCGGGGGUGCUGGGGGACUGGGGGCCAUGCCCUCCUCCUCAUCCUCCUCCCUUGCCCCGCCCUCCUCCGCCGGGUCUGCUGCCGCUGUGGCGGCCUCUGCUGCUGCCUCUGCUGCUGCGUCUGCCGCUGCUUCUGGUGGUGGUGGUGGAGGGGGGUCGGCUGGGGCUGUGACAGGAGGGGCAGCGGCGGGGGCGGCAGGGGGGUUGAUGGGGGACGAGGAGGACAUUUUCCGCUCGCUGCUGGUGCGUGCGGGGUUCCAUCUCAGCUACGGGGACAGCUCCCCGUUGCUGCUCGACCCCACGCAGCUGCAGGUGACUCUGCGGGAGAAGCUGCUCAUGGAUGCGGGCGCAGUGGCCACCUUCCUGGGCGGCCUGCGCACCUACCUGGACGACCCUACUAAGAUCAAGCGCCUCUUCCUCCCCCCCGCGCAGCCCCCCUCCGCCUCCGCCUCCGCCUCCGCCUCCGCCUCCUCUUCCGCCGCUGCUGGCGCGUCUGGCGCGGGGGGAAGAGGCGGGUACGGGAAGGGGGGCAGGGGCGGGCAGCAGCGGGGGCAGAACCAGGGGAGAGGGGGGCAAGAGCAGGGUGGAGCGCAGGGGCAGGCGCAAGGGGGCGCGCAGGGGCAGGGGCAAGGGCAGGGGCAGGGGGAAGGGGAGCAUCCGUCGCUGGUGAAUCUGCUGAUGGGGGUGAAGGUCCUGCAGCAGGCGAUAGUGGAUCUGCUGCUGGAUAUCAUGGUCGAGUGCUGCCAGCAACGCGCGCCCUCCCAGAGCGAUACAGACGCUGGGCGCCUCUUUGGCACAGACGACACUGCAACCUCCCUGCCCACUCUUCCAGUCCCCCUCCCGUCCGCCACCACUCCCCCGCUCGCCCCUUCCGCCUGCACCCCUCCGCCAUCCCUCCCCGCGUCAACCCCCCCUUCCGCCCCGGCCCCCCGCGAGGGGAAACGCGGGGGAGGCGGGGGCGCGGGUGGCGCGUCAGGGGGGCGGAGAGACCCCGCGGAUUCCGCCUUCCAGGAACUGUCAGUGGCGCAGAGGCUAGAGCAGGGGCACGGGGGGGCGGGGGGCUCCGACGCUGCUGUUCAGAGCAGCAGCUACGGCAGCGGAUACGGGGUUAAUGGGGGUGGGGGGGGGCGGCGGGGCGCAAGCAGCACAAGCAGUGGGGGAGGAGGUGGGGGAGGGGGAAAGGGAGCGAGCGCAGGGGCGGCAGGGGGGGUGUUAGGAUCAGGGGGCCAUAGUGGCAGCAGCAGUAGCAGUAGUGGGGUUGUGAGUGGGGGUGGUGUUGGGGAAGGGUUUGGCGCGCAGGUGGGGGUUAAGGGCGUUGGGGGGAGGGCAAAUUCUGUGGCAGAGGUAGAGAGCAGCAGUAGUGGGUCUGCCGUGACGAGUGUGAACGGAGAGAGCUCGCAGCAGCAGCAGCAGAGGGGGCAGCGACAGCUCCCCACAUCGAUCAAGUGGCCCGAGCAAGCAGACGAGCUACUGGGCAUCAUAGUCGACUCGCUCCGCGCCCUCGAAACCGCCGUGCCGCAAGCGCAAGCCUACCCGUACCCUGACCCGCCACUGCGGCGCCGCCCGCACUCCGCGCGCAAGGUGGCAAUGGUGCUAGAGCAUGCGCCCCGGGCCUUCCAAGCCGAGAUCCUAGGCUUGGUGCCGAGGCUGGUGGACGUGGAGGAGCACGGCGAGGCUGCUGCGGCGCUGCUGCAGCGGCUGCGACAGCCCGGCGCCGAACCCAUGAUGCAGCUGCCGGUGGUGGGAGCGCUGGUGCAAAUGGAGUUAGACCCGCUCACCUGGUCGCUGGUGUUGGAGGAGGCAGUGCUGCUGCUGCUGCAGGUGGUGGGAGCGCUGGUGCAGAUGGAACUAGACCCGCUCACCUGGUCGCUGGUGUUGGAGGAGGCGGUGCUGCUGCUGCCUCACACCACCGACGAUGCCCUUGCAGCCGCCCUCAGCUUCGUGCUUAAAGCCGCAGCCGAGUGCCAGCAGCUCGCCCCCGCCGUUCGAGCGGUGCGGGAGCGACUGCAGCAGCUGGGCCCAGCAGUCUCCCCACGCGUGCUGCACGCCCUGCGUGCCUCUGUAGUCGCCCGAGAGGACAUAGCCAUGGCCAUGCUGAGAGACAUAGACGCCGACACGCGCCCCUUCAACCCGCACCUCCUCUCCUCCGCCAUGGCUGCAGCAGCUGCGUCCCUCCCCUCGCUGCUGCCCAUGGCCCAGAUGGCGUCUAUAGGCCAGAUUGAUCUCUCACACCUGCAGCACUCGCUCACGCCUGAGGCUCUGGAGAGCCUUGCUGCUGGUGGUGGAGUGGGAGGUGGGGGGGCAGGGGCAGGGGCAGGGGGGAGCGCUUCUGCUGGGGCGUCCGCGGGGGGGUCUCCUGGAGGGACGUUCACCAGCAGCGCUGCUGGCGGGGUUGCAAACUCCUUGACCGCGUUCUCUCCUUACUCCUCCUCCCCCGCCCCUGCGCUCCCCUCGACCUCCCCUGCAGCUGCCGCGGCAGCUGCAGAGCUCCAGCUGGCGGCCGCACAGCAGGCUGCUGUCAUGGCAGCAGCAGCCGCCGCCUGCUGGCGUGUUGCUGACGUGGACAUGCUGAUGGAGAUGCUGACGCUGCCACGUCUGCGGGGGAACGCGCAGGCGGUGUUUGAACGGGCAGUGGCAAGAGGAGCGUUUGGGGAGCAGGCGAUGGUGAUGGUGCUGGAGAGGCGGCGGUCGCAGCAUCUGGCGGCUCUGUCUGCUGCAUCGGCAGGGGGGGGCAUGGAUGGGGUGGAUGGGAGUGGGAUGGCUGCUGGUGCUGCUGGCUCCACAUGCACCACCGGCGCAGCAGCCGCAGCAGCAGCAGCAGCAGCAGCAGGAGGAGGAGCAUCCAUCGCCCCCUCCUCUUCUCCCGCUCUCGACCCCUCCGGAAACGCCCUAGUCCCUUCCAGCUCCCCAGCGCUAGGCACCAGUCUGGAGGACACGGAUUUCCCGACAGUGAUCGGGCUGGCAGAGGCGCUGGCGAUGAGUGAGGAGCAGCGCGUGCGGGAGUUUGUGGGCACGCUGUAUGCGGUGCUGUACAAGGUGUAUGGCGACGCGGGGCGCAGGGAGAGGAUACUGCGAGGACUCGUGGCAAGAGUGACCAGCUGCCAGAGAGGCGCCCCGGAAGGGGAGCUUGGGCUUGACAUCCUCUCGUUCCUCGCGCAAGAGGAGGGGGUGGCGCGGCCAGUGCUGUCGCUCAUGCGCGAGGCUGCUGACGUGGCAGUGCAGGAGAGGGCGGUGGUGUGGCAGCAGCUGCAGGCCACAGAGGGCGAGUUGAGAGCAGCGAGGGCGGAGGGGCAGGGGCAGGCGGAGCGGCACGGGCGGGAGAAGGCGAGCCUGCAGCAGAAGCUGAGCGACGCAGAGGCGUCAGUGGGCAAGCUCAAGGCUGAGCUGAAGGCUGAAGCAGACAAGGGCGCCAGGGAGAGGAGGGAGGCGGUGGAGAGGGUGAGGGAGAUGGAGGGGGCGGUGGAGUGGGCCAAGGCGGAGAAGGACGAGGCGGUGAGCAAGCUGGCGGGGGAGAAGCGCCAGCUGGCGGAGCGGCUGAGGGAGAGCGAGGCGCAGCUCACGCAGCUCAAGUCGCGCAAGCGGGAGGAGCUCAAGAAAGUGGUGAAGGAGAAGAACGCCCUAGCGGAGCGCCUGAAAGCGGCAGAGCAGGCGAGGAAGCGGUUUGACGAGGAGGUGAAGCGCUUUGCCACGGAAACCGUGUCUCGCGACGAGGCUCGGCAGUCCCUGGAGGAGGAGGUUCGGCGGCUGACGCAGACGGUGGGGCAGACGGAGGGUGGGCUGCGGGAGAAGGAGGAGCAGGUGCAGCGAUACGAGGCAUACAUCGACGGCAUGGAGGCAAAGCUGCAUGCUCACCAGGAUUAUAUCCAAACCCUAGAAGCAUCGCUUCAGGAGGAGAUGUCUAGGCAUGCGCCGCUGUAUGGUGCUGGAUUGGAGAAUCUGUCGCUUGCCGAGCUUGAUACUCUGGCUCGGAUUCAUGACGAGGGGCUUAGGCAGCCAUUCUCUCGUCUGUCGUGCUUUCAGAUUCAGCUCUCUCAGCUUGCCAAUAAGUACCACUUCCCUGUCACUUGGAUUCAGAUUGUGCAAUAUCGCUUUGCAAUGGACCUCGUACAAGAUAACGCUGCGCAUACCGCUUCUCAGCGGUCUGAGAGGGAUUUGGAACAGUUCGGCAUGCAGACGCAGGCUGUGAGUGACGAAUUUGGUUCGACUGUUACGGACGACAGAGAGGAAGGUGGAGUUCCUUAUGCCCCUCACGACGACCUGUCUCCAGAAGGGUGGAACGAAAGACGAGAGCAGCUCAAGCAAUGCCUGAAAAUGCUUCAAAAAUCGAUACCGUCUUCACUGGUUGGUCCGGAGCCUGACGUGGCGGAGCUUCUAGAAAGCGCUGCUGCAUAUAUCAACUACUUGAAGACGUAUAACCAGACCUUGGCUGUUGUCGUCGCCCAUCAGCUAUGA